AUGUAUUCAUUACGGAGAGUGCCCUACACCAUCUAUCUUCCUGGAGCGCAGGAUUUGGAGGAUAUUCUGAGUCCAGAGCUCCGCUUCCAGGGAUACGAUCCUCUCUACCGCUUCAUGGGAUCUGAGAUCGAUGGGUAUGGAUUCAAAAGACCAGAUGACUUUGAUUAUGAGACGUAUGAGGAAUUUAUGAAGCAGUAUCUAUCUGUUUUAGCCCGGAGAGCAAAGAAAUGGGAAAUCGUGAUUAAAGGAAGUCAGAAAGUUAAUAAGUCAAGAAAAAUGAAGCGAUACAUCCGCAAGGGUAUCCCAUCGGAACACAGAGGGACGGUGUGGAUGAUGGUGAGUGGUGCGCUUAAACUCAAGAAGAAAAACCCGGGUUUAUAUCAACAUCUUCUAGAUGCUCCUAAAGACCCAGAUAUUGUAGAAGUUAUCAAUAUAGAUCUUCAUCGAACAUUCCCAGAUAACAUUCACUUCAGCAACGAUGCCCAGUACAGCAAACGAACAGCCUUGUCUAACGUCCUUGUAGCGUUCGCCCACCAUCGGCCCGAGGUCGGUUACUGCCAGGGUCUGAACUUCAUCGUCGCCCUCAUGCUGCUUGUCUUACAAGACGAAGAGAAUUGUUUCUUUUUACUGCUUCAGUUAACAACCAACAUAUUGCCAGAUUACUAUGUACCUCACAUGAGUGGCUUAAAGACAGACCAGGAAGUGCUGGGUGAGCUGAUCAAAGAGAAAUGUCCUGACGUAGCCAGGCAUAUGGAGAAAGAACAGGUCCCGUGGUCAAUACCAACUACCAAAUGGUUCAUCUGUCUCUUCUUAGAUGUACUUCCUGUGGAGACGGUACUAAGAAUAUGGGACUGUCUAUUCUACGAAGGUUCCAAGAUCCUUUUCAGAGUCUGCCUUUCACUUAUCAAAAGAAACGAAACAGAGAUCAUCAGAGCCACCAACAUUUCAGCGCUCGUCGAUGUCUUCAAGAAGGUCACAACAGCAUCUGCAAAUAUCGACUGCCAUACAUUCUUAGAGGGAGUAUUCCAGAGCUCACAGCCACUGAAGAGAGGGACUAUAGAGAAGCUUCGCUACCUCUGCAGACAAAGAGUUGAACAAGGGCCAUAGGUCAAAGGUCAAAAUGAUAUCAAGGACAUCCUGCCAGUAUAACUACCAAAGGUCAAAGUGAUUGUAAGGGAGAAGGAGACGUUUGUUUUUUGUGAUUGAUGCUUAUCAGUGAUUGUGCUUGUCAAGAUGACGAUGAUGACCCAACUGAUUAGGUGACCUACAUGUGAUCAGGUGACCUACAGUUGCUCAAAAUCUGUGCCAUGUCAAUGGGAUGAUGAGGACCUUAUCUUGUGUCAAAGGUCAAAUUGAAAAGAAGAUGAGGUGAUCAUUGACAAUGAUGAUGGCCCAAGUGAUCAUGUGGCUUACAGGAGCUGUAAGUCUGUGCUGUGUCAGUAGGAUGAUGAGGAGGUUAAAGGUCAUCUUGUGUCAAAGGUCAUAUGGAAAAAAAAGGGAUGAUGAUGAUUAUGAUGCUCAUCCAAGUGAUCAGGUGACCUACAGUUGCUCAAAGCCUGUGUCAUUUCGAUGGGAUGGUGAGGAAGUUCAAGGUCAUCUUGUGUUCAAGAUCAAAUUGAAAAGACGAAGAUGAUGAUCAUGGCCCAAGUGAUCAGGUGGCCUUCAGGAUAUCAGGUGACCUGCAGGUGAUCAGGUGACCUUCAGGAGCUCAAAGUCUGCCAUGUCAAUGAGAUAGUGAGGAAGUUGAACAUCAUCCUUGGGUCAGAGGUCAAAUUGAAAUAAUUGAUGUCUCGUGAAACGACCGGUGGGACAAAUAGGAUGUGUCAUUAUUUCACCUACUUCCUUCAGGAAAGUUUAAGACCUCUCGGAAUUGUCCAUGGCAGUUACAGCCUUUCUUCUGAUGAAAAGGUCAAAUGGGUAGGUCAGAAGGUCAAAUGGAUAUGCUGUUUGUGGAGAACUACGAAUCUGCAUAAAUGAAAUUUCAGACAAUUUUUAAAGUCAUUACAACCUGGCAUCAUGUCAGCUCAUGUCUAAUUAAGAUCAAUAAUAUGCUAAUGUGACCCGUCUUACAAAGAGUUGCGAUUGAUCCAAUCAAUCCUAACUCUAUGGAAAUCCAUCAGUGUCACAAUUUUUCUAUAGGAAAUUUGAACAAUGUCCGUUAUAAACAAAGAGAAGCACAGUGAAUUUUCAAGACAAAAAAUGAAUGCAUGAGUAUGCAUCAUAGUUACAAAAUAUUUUGAACAAACAUGCAUAAUAGUUGCUGACGUUGCUGGCCGUCCAUAGUUGUGAUUGAUCGGAUCAAUCGCAACUCUUCGAUAGACGGGGCCCAGCUGAUAUAAAGGUCAAAUAUGCUGUAUGUCAGUCUUGUAUGUGACAUUGCAGAAUGGAAUCGUUCCUUGUGACUUCACAUACAAAGUCAAAGGUCGUCUUUUUUUUGUGUGACCUCUGAAUCAAGUACAAAAAAAAAUAUCAGAGUCCAGGGUCCCUUCUUACAAAGACUUGUGAUUGAUCUGAUCAACCUCAACUACAGUACAUGGAAAUCCAACAAUGUCAUAAUAAUUUUCCUCCAGGAAAUUUGCACAGUGUACUUUUUUGUAAACAAAGAAAAGGACAAUGAAUUGUCAAGGCAACGAAUAUACAACAUUCCUAGAAGAUUUUUUAAAAGACAUGCAUUUUAGAUGAUGGUGUUGCUGGCUUUUCAUAGCCGUGGUUGAUUGGAUCAAAUGCAUCUGUUUGUGAGACAUGGCCCAGAUCAGCACAUGCCAAAGUGAACUACAUCUUUAAUAGACCCUAUUUACACAUGCGCUGGUUUAAUCAAAUCGGCCUCACGCUGACAUCAAGCUGCCUCAAAAAAAUUAAAAAGUGUGUUUACACAUGGCAGAAAGGUCGGCUUGACGCCGCCUUGACAAACCCCCAUUUACACAUACGGUUCGGUGGCCAGCGGCAGGGCCACUUGAAAGCGCGCGAUACCGAAGUAAUACAAUUGAGCUAGAUUGAUGACGUAUCCCAACUACUGCGCAAGCCACUGAUCACGUGACUCCCGAAAGCCGACCUCAGUCCGCUUUGUGUUAACACAUACGAGAAGGCGCCUUCACGCCGCCUUGAAGGCGACCUCAAACCGAAAUCGAGGUGGCGCCAGUCCACUUGCGUGUUGCCACAUACGUUCGAGACGGCAUGAGGCCGGCCUCGUGCCGCCUUCACUCGUAUGUGUAAAAGGGGUCUAUGUUACAAUUUUAAGUCAUGGACCUUAGCUUGUCCAAAAUUGAUUGAGAAUUUGAAUUUACAUUAUUUUGAUUAGUUAAGGUCACAUUUUACCCUCUUUAAUGCCUAAAAUAUGAUGAAUAUUUUGUCGCUGUAGAUAUUAAAGAGACAACAUUUGUUUUGUUUAAGGUCAUACUCUAACCUUGAUACUUGUCUCAAUUAAUAUUUUUUUUAAAAUCACUAUUCAACAAAAUGUAUAGUAAAAAACAACAAAGUAUCAUAUUUACAUCUACUUUAUGUUGCAUCACGUUUGCAGGUAAAUCAUUAUUAUUAUACUCAUUUCUUAAUCAGUUUACAUUUUGAGAAAACUUUUGAGAAAACCACUAGCUCAGGUAGCAGUAUUGGACACAUCUCAAUAAUUCAGUGAUGUUGCAUUAUAUUUAUCAGGAAUUUCAUGAUCAAACACAGAACAAUUGGUCACACUGUAAGGUCACUUUUUAUCCCGUUAUGUGAAAAUCAUUUUUCAUAUCCCUAAUAUCAUGCCUCAAAUUUACUCUCUUUUGUCUUCAUAUCAUUACCUAAUUACUCCGGCAAGAAGGAAAAAUAGUAGGCAACAAGAAUUUUUCCUUUAAUAGGGCAAUGAUUUAUAAGUUUUUGAAGCUAUUUGUUCCUUCCUGUUUAAUAUUGUCAUAUCACACUACUGAUAUCAUAAAAUAUGUAUAAAAGAUAUUUUCCCCUGAAGUACAUUGAUAUCAACCCAACUAUAAUAUAUUCACAUAUCAAAUUCGGGUUUGAUUUAAAGUAGCAGUUGAACCAACUUAGGUUCAGUAUGUUAGACAAUACAUUCAUAACUCUGGGAAUACUAAAAAAAAAAUCUUUUCAAUAAAGCACAGGGAUGGGGCACAGUAAACAUGGGAAACAUACGAUAUAAACAACUUUAUGACAUUCUUGGCUUCCCAUAAUAGUAGCACAGAACUUGAACAUGGCCUAUUUGAAUCUGGACUUUAGUUCAGAAGAUUUGAAGUAAAGUAUUGUCUGAAUAUAAUCAUACUGCAGUGAUUUUCUGCAUACAAUGAAGCAUGGGGCAUUUGUUCUGAUUAUUUUGAUCACUCUUACUAUGAUACAUGUGUAAAUAUCUUAAAUGAAACCAAAACCUGUCUGGUGCAGACUUCCUUUUGUAAUUUAUUUUAGAUGACAAUCAUGUAUUGAAUCGAAGCAGACUACCUCUUAAUGUAUCAAAACUCAAGAAUGCUGAGAAAAGGAGUAUUCUUCUGUGAUUUCAUAAACGAGUGCCAGUAUUUGUCUCUUUUUCUUUUUCUUUCUCUUUCUCUCCCCCCCCCCCAUUCUCACCCCAGG